AUGAAUGAUAAUAUCACAUUUAAGAAUCCUAGUCCGUAUUUAAAAGCAAACUUUCUAUCAAGAUUUUUUCACUGUUGGUUGGGUACAUUGUUGAAAAAAAGCAAGAAGCAGCCCUUAGAAGUCUUUGAUUUAUACGAUCUAUUACCAACAUUAGAUUCUGUGCAAUUGACAGAUACAUUAGAACGAAAUUGGUUUGACGAAGUUCGAAAAGCAAAAGAGCAAAAGCGUCAACCAAGUUUAUUGCGUGCAACAGUGAAACUAAUGGGAUUUAGACCAUUAUUGAUUGGUUUAUGUUAUAUACCAGACGAAUUCAUGAAAGUAACUAAACCACUAUUAUUAGCAUUUUUACUAGCUUAUUUUUUACCGUGUACAACAAUGUCAACAUCAACAGCCUGGCUAUUAGCUUCUGGUAUAGUUCUUUGUUCAAUAUUCAGUUCAAUUCUUUAUCAUCCACUUUUUUAUGCAAUACAACAAUGUGCUAUGCAACUCAGAAUAGCUUAUACCGGACUUCUUUAUAGAAAACUUUUACGUUUAUCGAGUCAAUCAAUGAAUAAAACAAGUUCAGGUCAAAUUACAAAUCUUUUAUCAAAUGAUGCUAGUCAGAUUGAAAUGGCUUUGAUAUUUAUUAACUAUUUAUGGUUAGCUCCGUUCGGAAUUGUUAUUGUAGUGAUUACUUUAUGGUAUUUUGUUCGUUACAUUGCAUUUAUUCCAAUUGCUUACACAUUAGCUUUGCUUUGUUCUCAACUUGUUUAUGGACGAUUAUUUGUAAAAAUUCGAUCAAAAAUACUUCAAGUUAUGGAUGAACGUCUUAAAAUAAUGUCGGAAAUAAUCAAAUCGAUGAGAAUUGUAAAAAUGUAUUGUUGGGAAGAGUCUAUUGAGCACAAAAUUAAAAAUGUACGAAAACGAGAAAUCAUUCGAUAUUCUUAUCGUUUAAUACUAGAUUGUGUACAAACACUGUUUAGUCAUACGUACGCCAAUGUAGUAUUUUUAUUAAUGUAUGGUGCAAUGUGGUAUUUAAAUAUAGCACUCGAUACAAAAUAUUUCACAAUUUCUUAUUGUCUGUUGGCUUAUUUACGAUUAUCUGUGGUGGAUUUUUUUAAUUAUGCAGUUAGAAAUCUUGUACAAUAUUUAUCAGCUAGAAAACGAAUUGAAGCAUUCUUAUUGCUUCCUGAAUCAGAACAAGAUGCUCGUAUUCGAUCUCGAUCAUUCAUCGAAACUGUUUCACUAGACAAAUCUUAUAUACUUGUUAAUAAUUAUAAAAAUCAACCACAAUUGCCUAGUUUGUACUGUGAUUUAAAAGUGGCUAAAUGGGAAAUGGAUCUUCCAUUUACUUUAAAAAAUAUUGAAUUCAAUACUCAACCAGGUGAUAUAAUAGCUGUUAUCGGUCCCGUGGGUUCUGGAAAGAGUUCACUAUUGCAAACUUUAUGUGGAGAAAUCCCGUAUUUCGAUGGAAAAAUUUCUUUAAACGGACGUUUUUGCUAUGUUCCACAAGAAUCAUGGAUAUUUUCAUCUUCAUUAAAGCAAAAUAUUUUAUUUGGAAAAGAAUAUAAUUCAGCUUUAUUUAAAAAAGUUAUACACGCAUCGGCAUUGGACAAGGACUUUUGUCAUUUAUCACAUGGAGAAUAUACGGUUGUCGGAGAUCAAGGAGUUAUGCUGAGUGGAGGGCAGAAAGCUCGUGUUAAUAUGGCUCGUGCAUUAUAUCAAGACGCUGAUAUUUAUUUAUUAGAUGACCCACUCUCAGCUGUUGAUGUAAAAGUUGGAAAUCAUUUGUUUGAAAAAUGUAUUAAAGGUUUAUUGAAACGUAAAAUUUGUAUAUUAGUUACUCAUCAGAUUCAAUAUUUAAAAGAUGCAACAAAAAUUAUUGUUUUGAAUAAUGGUGAAGGUGUUGCUCAAGGUACAUAUGAAGAAUUAUUGAAAUCAUCCUUUUCGUUCGCUAAAUUGCUCGAAGAUAUCCAUCAACAUGAACAUAAUGGAGCAAGUGGAGAUGAUAAGAGAAAGAUCAGUUUAUCCAUAGAUGAUUCAGACGAAAGAGCUGAAAAUGGUCCUUUAUUACGGACUCAAAGCAGUAGAAUGUCGGAAGAUGAGACAAAUAAUAAUUAUCAAGCUGCUGAAACAAAAGCAACUGGUGUUGUUAAGUGGCAUGUGUUUCUAGAUUAUUUUCGAGCAGGCGCAGGUUUAAUAUUAGGAUUUGUUCUUAUAUUUGUUGUCUUUACAUCUCAACAAGCCGUUGCUAUUUUCUCAAACUGGUGGCUAGCUAAAUGGUCAAAUGAAGAAGAAUUACGUUAUCGAAAUUCAAAUGGUACUUGUAGUUCAAAAGUUGAAUUAAAAAUUCAGUUAAUGUCUGAUAAUGAAUGGCAACUAUAUCGAAAUCAAAAAUUUUAUAUCUAUAGUGGUAGUGUUGCCAUUUUAUUUAUUAUAACACUGAUUCGUGUGGUAUCAACAGAAUUUCUAUGCAUCAAUGCUGCAAGAGUAUUACAUAACCGGUAA